AACUAGUGUAGUCAAUAAAUCUAUAGGUAGUUUUAGAUUUCAUUCUUUAGAGAAUACUAUGAUUGAUUAUGCAAAGGUUGAACGUAAAAAUCAAAAUGGUGCUUAUUGUGUUAAGGUUUGGCUUAGUUCAUCUGUAGUUACAUAA